GCUGUCAGUGUCAGUGGAGCAGCGACAGGCAGGGAAAUCCCUCAGACCCAGUAGGUCCAGUGUCUCCAGUCAGGACCGCCGCUUCGCUUUCUGGCUCGGCACUGACAAGCGCAGACCGUUCACUUCGGACUGAGCAACGAGCCCGAACACAGCAGGAAGCUGUUGCAUUGAUUUGUGUUUUAUAUAUAUAUAUAUAUAUUUAGAGAGAGAGAGGAGGAACGCGAUGGCAGAUGCAAGUUUUAACGAGUCGUCCACCGCGGACGUAGCGAACAGGUUUGCUCGAAAAGGUGCUCUGAGGCAAAAGAACGUCCACGAAGUGAAGGACCACAAAUUCAUCGCCAGGUUCUUCAAGCAGCCGACUUUCUGCAGCCACUGCACCGACUUCAUCUGGGGGUUUGGAAAGCAAGGAUUCCAGUGCCAAGUUUGCUGUUUUGUGGUCCACAAGAGGUGCCAUGAAUUGGUCACGUUCUCCUGCCCGGGGGCGGAUAAGGGGCCCGACACAGACGAUCCCAGAACGAAGCAUAAGUUCAAGAUCCACACCUAUGGGAGCCCCAUCUUCUGCGAUCACUGCGGCUCUCUGCUCUACGGUCUCAUCCACCAAGGCAUGAAGUGUGACUCCUGCGACAUGAACGUCCACAAGCAGUGCGUCAUGAACGUGCCCAGCCUCUGCGGAACGGAUCACACCGAAAGAAGAGGCCGCCUUUACCUGAAGUGUGUGGUCACCGGGGAUAAGCUGGAGGUCAAAGUUGUUGAAGGCAAAAACCUCAUUCCCAUGGAUCCCAACGGCCUCUCCGAUCCGUACGUCAAACUCAAGCUCAUACCGGAUCCUAAAAACGAGACCAAGCAGAAGACCAAAAGAAUAUACUCCAACCUCAACCCCAGAUGGGACGAGACCAUAGUUUUCAAGCUGAAGCCUUCGGACAAAGAUCGCAGGCUGUCUGUAGAAGUGUGGGACUGGGAUCGGACCACUAGGAACGACUUCAUGGGAUCCCUUUCCUUUGGCGUGUCAGAGCUCAUGAAGUCUCCUGCCUGCGGCUGGUUCAAGUUAUUGUGUCAGGAGGAGGGGGAGUACUACAAUGUCCCCAUCUCAGUGGAGGAUGAUGGGAACGACGAACUGAGGAAGAAAUUUGAGGACUGCCAAAAUAACUGUAAUCUGAAGGAAGCUAAGUUGGGCCCGGGAAAGAAGAUGAUCUCAGAGACGGACGACGGCCGCCCCAGCAGCUACCCUUCCAACAGCCUGGACCAGGUCAAGCUAAGUGACUUUAGCUUUCUUGCGGUGCUCGGAAAAGGCAGCUUUGGGAAGGUUAUGCUAGCAGAGAUGAAGACCACAGAAGAGCUUUACGCCAUUAAGAUCCUGAAGAAGGACGUGGUGAUCCAGGACGACGAUGUGGAGUGUACGAUGGUGGAGAAGAGAGUCCUGGCCCAGCAGGACAAGCCGCCCUUCCUCACGCAGCUCCACUCAUGCUUCCAGACCGUGGACCGGUUGUAUUUCGUCAUGGAGUAUGUGAACGGUGGAGAUCUCAUGUACCACAUCCAGCAAGUGGGCAAGUUCAAGGAACCCCAAGCAGUAUUCUAUGCAGCAGAGAUUGCAGUGGGAUUAUUCUUCCUGCAUCUUCAAGGAGUCAUUUACAGGGAUCUGAAGUUGGACAACGUAAUGCUGGACGCAGAGGGUCACAUUAAGAUCGCAGACUUCGGCAUGUGUAAAGAGAACAUGGCAGAGGACGUGUUCACACGAACCUUCUGCGGCACUCCGGACUACAUCGCUCCAGAGAUCAUUUCGUAUCAGCCGUACGGACGCUCUGUAGACUGGUGGGCGUAUGGAGUUCUGCUUUACGAAAUGCUAGCAGGACAGCCUCCGUUUGAUGGUGAGGAUGAAGACGAGCUGUUCCAGUCCAUCAUGGAGCACAACGUCUCCUACCCAAAGUCCAUGUCCAAAGAAGCCGUCUCCAUCUGCAAAGGGCUGAUGAACAAACAACCAGCAAAGCGUUUGGGCUGCGGCGCCGAAGGAGAGCGGGACAUCAGAGAACACGCCUUCUUCAGACGGAUCGACUGGGAGCGCCUGGAAAACAGAGAGAUACAGCCGCCCUUCAAGCCCAAAGUGUGUGGCAAAGGGGCGGAGAACUUCGACAAGUUCUUCACGCGCACCCAACCCCAGCUCACGCCGCCCGACGAGCUGGUGAUAGCCAACAUCGACCAGGCCGAGUUCGCAGGCUUCUCCUUCAUCAACCCUCAGUUCGUUCACCCGUCGAUCGUCAACAGCGAAUGAGGAGGAGGAGAAGGAUGGUAGAGUCUCUGACGAAGAUCCCUGCUCACUGCCGCCUACCUAAAACCAACCGUCGACGAAAUCCGACUAGAGCCUCGAGUCCCACAGUUGAUCCCAAUGUGUUGGUGUUCUUCCUAAGCAGGAGUCUAGGGCAUGCAUAUUUACUUUGUACAUCUUUUUUUUUUUCUUGCCAGUACAGAAUAUGAAUUGAAUAGAUUGGUUUCGGUCGCCAUAAGACAUAAUUUUUUUUGUUAGUUUUUUUUACUAAUCAUGAGCAUGCACUGUAGGACGACUAGGACGAUGUGUCUCUGGUGACCUGGGAGGUGUUCAAACAAGGAAGGGUGCCAGGGUUUAUUAAUCUAUGCCAGUAUAUGAUUUAGAAAACAAAAUAUGUUUACAAGCCUCAGUGGAUUCAAAUGGUGUCAAUAGAUCCGCAGCGUCGCGCAAAAGGUACUCGCACCGCUUGAAUUUUUCUGAUUUCUUUCCGCUGCAACCACAAGCUUCGACGUAUUUCGGCAGGUCCAAAGCAACCAGUCGGAAUGAGAAUAUGUGAUUUUAAAAUGUUUUUUCUAAUUUAAAAAUCUGAAAACACAGUUUGAAAAAUGUUCAAAUUUGCGGAAGGUUCUUAUUGAGAUUUUAGGUGCUAUAUUUCGCUUCAUCCAUCUUCCCAUCGACUCCGACCAGCUUACAUGUUCAGCUGAAGAGACGCAUUCCCACAGCAUGCCGGUGCCACCGCCGUAUUCUGCUGUGGAGACGGUGGGUUCAGGGUACUGGUUUUCAGACACAUGCCGCAUUUUGCAUGGAUAUAGAUCUAUAGACCUCGCCACACUCGUGUAUCGUUAAAAAAAAAAGUGUGUGAAAUCCAGUGAAGUUUGUGGUUGUAACAGGAAAGAUGUGCAAAAUUUCUUGGGGUUAGUACGUACUUUUGACAAGGCGCUGUAGCUGGUGAUUUUAUUUUAUUAUUUUUUUAGGUAAUCAGAAUACGCAUAGAUCAGGCAGUUUAGAUGUUCUAGCCAAAUAUGAAGGACGCGUGGUGCAGGCGUUGAAACAGCACCUGGUUAUUAAAUGUGUCCUGUGUCAUUUUCUGGGUUUCUGAUUGUUUACUUUAAACGGUGACAGUGUGGGAUUCAAUUUCAGUUUCUUUCUUUCUUUUUUUUUUUCUUUUUUUUGCCAUCCCAAUCUCAGCUAAUGUACAUCUGUAGCAAAUCAACAAAAAAAUGAAUAACAACAUUACAACAUUUAGGCACGGAAAGGGAUGUUCCCAGUUUGUAAAACUCGACUUUAGGCACUCAUGAUGAAAUAAUGCGCGUAGCUACUGCCCUGCUAUUAUUAAACUACAGUUCCCUCAUGAAUCCUCUUGAGGACGAGAUAAAUUUGAUUCAGCUUUAGUUUAGUUUAGUUUAGUUUGCACAAAUCUCUCAUGAAAUUUAAGUAAGUUCAUUCAUUUUUCAACACUAGUUAGUGUUUAAAUUCUCGUUCGCCAUAAAUAUCUAAGCAGACACAGUGAGGAUAUUUUCAAACUUUUUUUCCAAACUUUGCUGUGACAAAAACUGAACAUAAUUGUUGAAAACUCGUUGCUUUUAUGCUGUAACAUAUCAGUAGGUUUGCUUUCUUUACCCCCAUUUUUAGCUCAGACUAAUGGAUUAAUCAAAGAAUCGGUGUGUACCUUCUCUUUACAUAGUUUUUAACCCUUUUAAAUACGUAUGACUUGCAUUUUUUUUAUACCAACACAUGCAUACAUUUCUGUUCGUUACCUGAGUCAGUAAAGCCAAUAUCUGUCUGUACAAGAGUUUGACGCCGAUCGGCUGGAUGAGUUUAACAGGUUGUGGGAAAAGAAAUCUGUUGUACUUGUUUUGUUUUGUUUUAUUGCUAUUAUUUGUACUUCUCAGAAAUGUUGACUGCAGGUUUGCUUGGAUUGGACGCAUUUCCUAAUUGUUGAAUGUCCUGCGUGUGCAUGCGGUUUUACGAGCAGCAUUGGUGCAUGGCAUCUCAGUGCUGCAUGCUGCAAGAGGAGAAUUUCCAACUUUUAAUCCAACACUCAAGCGCUCUCCUCCUUUUUGUCCCUUUGCCAUUUUGUACUUUUGACGUUUCUGUGUUUCACUACCAGACUUUUCCAAGAACAAGGGGCCAUCCGCCGUCUGAUACCCAGAGUUUAUCGAAACGCUUCGCUACCAGGAGAAAUAAACUGGUGCUUAACCCUUGUGCGUGUGAGGACUUGAGGCAAACAUUGAGGACUAUGAAAUUAAUACAAGUUUUACAUAUGUGGGGUCGGUUGGACCCCAUUUCUACAUACAAAGGUUAAUGUUUAAAUACACGAGUGAGAAAGGUUUGUCUCAAAAUAAAGUGGGAGUAAAUUGGAAAAACAUUACGACACGUUGCAAAAUGGGGGUACUUAUUGGCAAAGGGAUAGGUCUUUUUAGACGCACUUAUUUGAAAUUCUUUAAAUAAAAGUUUUACCCAAAGAAGCAUUUAAGACAGGCUUAUAGAUUUUUACUGUUAUAGGUGGAAGAAAUGGUAAUUUUUAAUUUUUUUCUGUAAUUGUUCUGAGUUGUUCCUAAUUUGUUUCACAUCUUCUGUGUUUGUAUAUUUUGAUUUAUUUGGAGACCCUCUGUUGAGCGCUUGCAGAUCUGUCUUAAAGACACAAAUGUAGCCAGUUAAUCUGAUCGAUGUCUUACUGAGAAGGUGUGAAGCGGCAAAUUUAGGGAUUAUUGAGACGGUAAAUCUGUUUAGCAGAUCUCAGCAGGUAAGCGCCAACUGAGAGUGACGUUUGGUUGCUCAGUUAGAUUGGAAAGCGAAGUGAAAGCAAUGACUUUGCCAAAAAUAUUAGGUAAUAUUUAUAUUAGGUAAUAUUUAUAUUAAUAUUAGGUAAUAUUAGGUAAAGUUGACAGACAAAUAUAUGGAAACACAAAAAGGCCUGACAAAUUUUGUUGGCCCAGACAUUUUUGCGGUAAACAAUAAUGUCUUUUUGAGACCAUUCUCAACAAAUAUAGUAAUAAUGACAUAACCAUAACCACAUAUUCCAUCCACUGAAAAAUGACGAAAAAAACCAUUCAAUUUCAAUUCGACACUGGAACCGGAAAGCAUUUUAAAUAUCCAAAAAUAAAGCAAAACAAAUGAAACUAAUAACUAAAAUGGAUUUUGGAAUUUAAAAAAAAGCCAUUUUUUUUAAAAUGGCUUUUUAGAGCUGACAAGGACAAGGAAAACAGGCAAAAGAGGCAGACUAACUACUUCUUACUUGGUGUGAACUGUUUGUUCUCAAAAUGGCGGCUUUUCAACUACUUUCAAGGGGAGCCACUAUGACGAUUGAUGUCCUAACGGAAAUGACCACACUCGUUUUAAUUUAUCAUGUGAAUAACUGAUUUAUUGCUUAUGGCGACAGGUCUAACCACAGUAUGGCACUUGGUUGAUUUGUGUUGGUGAAUAGAACAACAAAUCCAAAAUGUGUAGCUGCGAAUUAGAAAAACUGAUCAUUACCAGAUGAUGGAGGAGGUCUUUUUUUUGUUGUUUAAUGCAACUGCUGUUUACAUUUUCAUCAGUUUAUUCCUCUGUUUUAUCAUCAAAGGACACAUCUGAUACUUUGGAAUGCAGCUGAGUACUUCUUGAGGUUUACACAGACACGUAUGGACUUUCCAAAUUCUGACUAGAAAUAAUUUUUCCGCCCACGUUUGGCACCCGCUCUAGCGUGGCGCCCCUUUGUGUUGCACCCACUCACUGCUGAUACUGAUAAAAACAUUUUUCUUACGCCUCCCUGCGUUCUACAACCCUUCUGCACGUGCCAAACCUGGAAAAACACCAGAACCCGACUACAGAUGCAGACAAACAGGUCUGCAUCUUCUGGCUUGACCACAAGACUAUCGCAGUGUCUCUCCAUCGGUGCGGAAUUGUGUAACGUUUCAGUACGAGUAGCAGUGCCAGUCAGUCGGACGGUCGGGUCCUCUGCUAUACAGCAGGAAGAGAAUCAGCUCAAGUGUUUAAUUUUAGCCUCUGCAGUCGGUUACAGUGAAAGAAGAUCAAAUAUUCAUUGUACAUACUGUCUCUGCCCUGUAUGUGUCCUAGACUAGCUUCUUCCCUUUAACAAAAUGUCUGAACGUCUCGUAGUUUAUGACAUACAGGGGCGUAACAAUAUCUAAUCUUUCCUCGUGUGCCUUCCCCCCCCGCUUGUAAAGAUGCAACAUGUUUACCUUUUUUUCCCCCCCACAUUUUGUCUUUUAUUCAGUUCUACACCUAUUUUUUCUUAAAUAACUAGGAUUAAUUUACUUUUUUUAAGAUACUUUGCUCCAUGCUUCUCUCGUUGCUUCUUCCAGUAAAUGUGAAUGUUUUUUUCCCCCUACAGUUUAUUGAAUAUAAAAACCUAAUUUUCUGUAAUUAACCUUUAGAUUUUAAGAAAGAAAAACUGGAGUAAUCCUCGUACGCCUGCUCGCGUCCCCUUUACCGCCCUGCGACCGGCACGGAGUCAAAUUAACUGAGUCAUAAACGCCUCAGCGACGUGAAAUGACGGCGUAUUUGACGGAGGAGUACGCGGGUGACGUGUUGAACGAUGUUUACUGAUGGCGAUGUUUGUAUCAGCCCCUGUGCCUUGUCACAAUGAUCCAUUUCUUCUCCCCAAUCUAGUCAAUCUAUCACUUUUAUCGUUAGUUUUCUUGACUUUUUUUUCCACGAAAUUCCAGAUCAGGAAACUCUCGAUUUCCCUUGGAUGGUGGCAACUAUCAGCAUUCUUCUUCCUUUUCGUUCUCAUUUUAUAUUUAGACUGUCGUAACGUUUUAGAGCUGAUUUAGAAAAUUUUAGCUUACCAGAAGUAACAGAGGAACAUAUGUUGUUUUAUAUUUGGGUGUAUAAGAUUCGAAUGAGGGUUUUCUUUCUUAUAGUCAGCAACUUCUAAUAAGUCCUCCCUGGCGAAUGAUGGGUACUGAUUUUCUGAAUUGGUAAAGUACAAGGAUGCCUUAUAUCUGAACCCACAGAGCCACAAUUCCGCCUACUUCUUCUGUGUUCUUUUAUAAUCGCUGCAUCCCUGUCCUUGUAUAUAAAUAAUUUACAGCAGGUAUCUACAAAAGACUGUAAAAGAGAGCGAACAUCUUGUAUUUUGCAAAUGGUGUACGUUUUAUUUUUAUUUUUUUUUCCGUUGUUACAGCCUGAGACCUUUAACAUAAGUCUGAGCUACUUAACCUUGUAACAGAUUGUGUCAUUUGUACCUAAUGUAUGAUAAUGCAAAUAAACAAAAAGGCAAAAUGAG